GCUUCAGGGACUGGCCGCGUUCCCACCAAGGCCGGACUCCGGCGGGGGCGGCGCGCCCGACGUGGCGCGCGCGACCCUUUUGUCCCGCCCCACCUCCUCGGGUCCCGUCGGCCUGAGCGCGCCCGGGAGUUUGAAUUUCUUCGGAUUUGGAGCAGUAUCGCAGUGGAAGGCGCUGUGGCGUGAGGUCGCCGCCGACCUCUCCUAGGGGAACUGUGGAGCUGGUAGCUGAAAGACUCAGUGAAGCAACGAGGAUGGCGGGGAGAGGGAAGGGGCUGGGCUCUGGGCGGUGCCAAGUCUGUGAAGGGGCGCGGUCACCGCCCAGGGUUCCCGCGAACGCCAAGGCGGCCACGUCCUGCUCCCCCUGGUGAAGAAGCUCCCCGGGGCUUGUCUUCCUAGGGCCUCCAGACAUGUCUGAGGUGAAGAGCCGGAAGAAGUCGGGGCCCAAGGGAGCCCCCGCUGCGGAGCCCGGAAAGCGGAGCGAGGGCGGGAAGACACCCGAGGACCGGGGCGGCCGAGGCGGGGGCUGGGCAGACCCCCGAACGGGCCUGAGCCUGCUGUCGCUGGGGACGUGCCUGGGCCUGGCCUGGUUUGUAUUUCAGCAGUCGGAAAAAUUUGCAAAGGUGGAAAACCAAUACCAGUUACUGAAACUAGAAACCAAUGAAUUUCAACAACUUCAAAGUAAAAUCAGUUUAAUUUCAGAAAAGCUUGAGUCUACUGAAAGCAUCCUGCAGGAAGCUACAUCAUCCAUGUCUUUGAUGACCCAGUUUGAGCAGGAAGUAUCCAGCUUCCAAGAUAUCAUGCAUGGCAUUCAAAAUAACGAAGAGGUGCUCACUCAAAGGAUGCAAAGCCUUAAUGAGAAAUUUCAGAAUAUUACGGAUUUUUGGAAGAGAAGCCUAGAAGAAAUAAACAUUAAUACAGACAUUUUCAAAUCAGAAGCAAAACAUGCACAUUCUCGAGUAACUGUCCAAAUUAACUCGGCUGAGCAGGAAAUAAAAUUACUCACUGAACGGCUAAAAGAUUUGGAAGAUAGCACACUAAGAAAUAUUAGAACAGUAAAAAGACAAGAAGAAGAAGAUCUCCUGCGAGUAGAGGAACAGCUAGGCUCUGAUACAAAGGCAGUUGAAAAGUUAGAAGAGGAACAGCAUGCCCUCUUUGCCAGAGAUGAAGAUCUAACUAAUAAACUUUCCGACUACGAACCCAAAGUUGAAGAAUGCAAGACACAUUUGCCAACAAUUGAAAGUGCUGUUCACUCUGUUCUCAGGGUCUCUCAGGAUCUGAUAGGAACAGAAAAGAAAAUGGAAGAUUUGACUAUGCAGAUGUUUCAUAUGGAAGAUGAUAUGCUGAAAGCAGUGUCUGAAAUAAUGGAGAUGCAGAAAACCCUUGAAGGAAUUCAGUAUGAUAAUCGCAUAUUAAAGAUGCAAAAUGAACUGGAUGUUCUAAAAGAAAAAGUUCAUGAUUUUAUAGCAUACUCAAUGCAUACUACAGGAGAAAAGGAAACUGUAAAAGAAUAUAAUAUAGAAAAUAAAGGAAUUGGUGGUGAUUUUUAAAUUUGUGACAUUUAUUCUGAUGAACCAUAUCAUUAUACAUAAAUUGAUUAGUCCAUUGAUUUUGAGUUACUUUGAUAUGCCUCAUCUUAUCCUACAUUAUUGGAAAAUAAAUGAGAUGUCCACACAAAUGGAUUAUCCACAUAAUCAAAGCUGUUUAAGCACUGAAACUUACUUCAUUUUAACCAUUUUAAAUAGAAAUAGUUCUUUUAAAAUGUUUCUCUACUUUUAAAACAAGAUACUUAAUACUUUUAAUAUUUUUAAAGCAUUAGUGGACAUCAUUAUUAAUUUCACCUAUUAUAUUGGACCCACAUAUAUUGAUGUCUCCAGGGGCUAAUGAAGAGUAUUUACUGCUUCACUAAAUGACCCCAGUUUGCCAUUUUUCACACCUAUGUCUCAUACCUUUUCUGUCACCUAAUCUUGAUGUCAGGUUGGUUGGUAAUGUGCCUGCCUCAGCCAGUUCUUCACUUUCUUUUAUAAUUCACUGCAGGUUAAGAAUCCAUACAACCAAGCCCAUGGGAAUUUUGUGUAAAAUAAAAUACAACAUGCGUGAGGGAGAGUCUGGUGCCUUUGCUAUGAAUUAAUAGGCACUUUCUGAAAAACUAUGAAGCCUGGGAAACAUUUUAGUUUUUCUUAAGGUUCUAAACUGUGUUAUGGAUACUUGUAAGACUUUCAAGCCGGGCGGGGUGGCUCAAGCCUGUAAUCCCAGCACUUUGGGAGGCCGAGAUGGGUGGAUCACAAGGUCAGGAGAUCGAGACCAUCCUGGCUAACACGGUGAAACCCCGUCUCUACUAAAAUACAAAAAACUAGCCGGGCGAGAUGGCAGGCGCCUGUAGUCCCAGCUACUCGGGAGGCUGAGGCAGGAGAAUGGCGUGAACCCGGGAGACGGGGCUUGCAGUGAGCUGAGAUCCAGCCACUGCACUCCAGCCUGGGCGACAGAGCGAGACUCUGUCUCAAAAAAAAAAAAAAAAAAAGACUUUUAAAAUCAGAGUGAGUAUGUUCUUACAUAGGCCUUUCUUAGGAAUUAUGUGUAUAUACAUCUUUGAAAUAUCUUUAUAUACCUGGGUUUUAAGUUCCAACUUGUUAGACAUGAGUUUGCUAGAUCCAUGAUCUCUAGAUAGUUUACUUAAAAAUAAAUAGUCCAGGCGCAGUGGCUCUCGCCUGUAAUCCCAGCACUUGGGGAGGCCGAGGUGGGCAGAUCACAAGGUCAGGAAAUCCAGACCAUCCUGGCUAACAUGGUGGAACCCCGUCUCUAAUAAAAAAUACAAAACAUUAGCCGGGAAUGGUGGCGAGUGCCUGUAGUCCCAGCUACGCGGGAGGCUGAGGCAGGAGAAUGGCGUGAACCCGGAAGGCAGAGCUUACAGUGAGCCAAGAUCGCGCCACUGCACUCCAGCCUGGGUGACAAAGUGAGACUCUGUCUCAAAAAUAGAUAAAUAAAUACGUAAAUAAAAAUAAAUAAGCCUGUGGUCUGUUUUGAGGGAAAAGUAACAUAACUCUGAUAAUUAGUUAUGAUAGUAACUAUGAUAGUUAAAAGUAUGUCAUUUUAAAGAUUUCCCAAACCACUAAAUUUGUUUUACGAAUUGAUUUUAUUUGAAAUUAUAUAAUGUAGUCAACUAUAUAUGGAAGUUUGUUCUUGUUUCUUUGCCAGUAACCUUACCAGUUUUAUAAUGAAGUUUUCAGAGGAAUUAAAGAACUUGAAAGCCGUCAGUUACAAAAAGGUAGUUUUGAUCAAGUAGUUUUAAUAUGUAAAUUUGCAAGUUUUUGGAGAACCCCCAAACUCGUUCUCCAUCGGAAUUAAGAGGGCCUGUGGUAGACAGCCAUGAAUCAUAAAAAUAAGCCUGGCCAGUUCUGUUGUUAAGGGGCAUAGCAUUAAUUUUUGCGGUCUUAAAAUUACACUUCUUGACUUCUGAAUGUCUCUUAUUUGCAUGCACUGACAAAAUUCUAUUUGUUUACUUUUAUUUUAAUGCCAAUAAAAUAGAUUAUAAAGUAA